AUGUUUGCUAAUGCUAAUCCUGCAACAUGGUGGCAUUUAGUUACAAAAGGUUGUAGCCAAGUUGAUCCAAAUGAUGAUGAAGGUGCUUAUGUUAGUGAGGAAGACCUACAAAGUUUGUCUAGUUCAGAUGAGGAUGGUAAUGCCAAGAGGAGAAAAAGAUCCAACAACCAAUUCAAUCGUGCAACAAACAUGGAUAACUUCAAAUUUAAAUUAGGCAUGCUUUUUUCUACCGUGGACCAAUUUAGGACUGCAUUGAAGGAGCAUUUUAUUAAGAUUAACAGGGAGUAUGUUUGGCUGGCCAAUGACCAAAGGAGGGUAAGGGCAAAAUGCAAGAGUGUAGGCUGCAAUUGGGUCAUUUAUGCAAGAGUCCAAUUGUCAGACAAGCACUCAUUCAUGGUAAAUACAUUGGUGGAUAGGCACAUGUGUGGAUUGGUUUUCAACAACAAACAUGCAACCUCCAAUUGGCUUGCAAAGCAUUAUCUGAAACAGUUCAGAAUAAACCCAAACUUAACUUACAUAGGUUUCAUGCAGCUAACAACACAUACUCAGUUUUCAAGAACAACAAGGUCAACUUUCUACAGAGCAAUGAAUUGUGCAAAAGUGAUGUUAGAAGGGACUAUAAGGGAACAAUAUGCCAUACUGGAAGAUUAUUGCAAGCAACUGUUAGAGACAAAUCCUGGGAGCACAUCAAUAUUGAAAACCAGAAUGCAGGAUGGAAAAAGGUUAUUUGAGAGGGUGUAUAUAUGUCUUAAAGCUUGUAAAGAUGGAUUCCUCAAUGGUUGUAGGCCCCUUAUCUACUUGGAUGGUUAUUUUUUAAAAGGAUAUUGCAAAGGAAUGUUAUUAGCUGCAAUUGGCAUUGAUGUAGCAAAUGCCAUGUUUCCAGUGGCUUAUGCUGUAGUGGAGAAGGAGUACACAGACAGCUGGACAUGGUUUUUAAAUUUAUUGAAGGAGGACUUGAGGAUUGAUGAACCAGAGAGAAUAGCAUAG